AUGAAUUCCCACGUUCAAGCUCUUUUCAUCCUCGACAACUCCAUCCUGGGAUUCAUUCCCAACCGGGACUCCUCAUCUCACCAUUCCAAUUUCUCAGAAGCCAAGAUCUCGACCCGCAAAGCUGUGUCUCGAUUCGCUGUCGAGCUUAGCUCACAUCUUAUCGAGGGCCUGGAUCUGGAAUUACAGAUAGCCUUGACGACAAGUAUCUCUCGCAAUGUAGUACAGCCGAGAUCCCUAUUUUCUCCUUCGGAAAUUCCUAGACCUGAUGAAGAGGAGAUGACAGAAGAGGAAGAAGUGAGAAUGAUGUUGGAUGCUCAAGUGCCGUCGCCACCAUCUUCUCCACGGCCCGGAUCAACCUUCGCGUUUGGGAUUUUGCCUCAUGGAAAGGAGAUGACGGAAGAGGAAGAAGUGAGAAUGAUGAUGGAUGCACAAGUACCCUCACCAUCAUCUUCUCCUCCGCCCUCUGUACCAGCCAUCAGGGUAUGGUCUCCACCGCGUUCAUCACAGACAGCCACGGCCACAACGGCACGCCAUAAUACGAACAUCUCGGAAACCUCAUAUUUGAGCCCUGAUCAAUACUCUAGCAAUCAUGCGGGAGUUGAUACAAGCCGAGAAGUAGAUUACGGCAGACCAAGUGACCCUGGAAGCUUUGCACCAUUCGCCUUUCAUGCACAUCCACCUUGUCCCGAAUGCGGCCUGGUUCUCCAAAGUCUUCCAGCACUGAUAGAACACCGCAGAUUUCAUUAUUGA